AUGAGCGAAGUUGUUAAGGUAGAUGUUCUGGUUGUUGAUGCAGGAAGAGGCUACGAUACAUUCUGGACACAAUGGACGGUAGGAACAGCUGAGUUUUCGGACCAAGCAAUGCCGCGACCGCCAGACGAAGACCUUUACAAAGAGUUUUUCAAAGCUAAGCAAACAACAAGAUACCUCGAGAGCUAUGUUGAUACACAUACAUAUGACGACAAAACGCUCCGCGAUAGAAUCCAAUUCUCACUCGAAGUCAAAUCUGUUUCAAAAAAAUAUGAUUAUUGGACCAUUUUAGCUAGUGAUCGAGGAAACGACCAACAUCAAUAUACUUUCAUGACUCCUAAGUUGAUAAUAGGAAGUGGUUUGACAUCGAUUCCAAACAUGCCUUCAUUACCAGGAAAAGAAAACUUUCAGGGUCGGGUACUCCACCACGAAGACUUCGGUUCGAGCCGGAAAAUAUCUGCCGACAUGGCUUACGAAGCAGUCAAGGCUGGGAAGCAGGUAUCAUGGGUCAUAAAGGGUACAGACACGACCGGUCCUGGCUUCUUUGUUGCUCCAGAUGGAAAGGGCCCCUACAAAAAUGCCUUCGAGAUAAGCAUGACAAGAGUGGCUGCUACUUUUACACCCUCAUUCAUGAAUGGGAUAAAUGCAUGGUCUAAGCUGCUUCAUUCGACCAAAUAUGGUGUGAGAAUGAUGAACGCUUUUUGGGGUACUGUUGAUGAGGAUGCCCGCAAGUCUGCUGAUUUUCAUCGUAAAUGCCUACAGAACUUUGACAAGUUGGAGCCCCACUCAUCUAUCUUCUGGCAAAAUUGUACUGGUGGGCUGCUCAACCACGAAGACUUUCUCGACACUAUUGCGCAGAAUGUUCGCAUUUUUGUCGGAGACAUUGACGGUUUGGAGGACAAUGCUCUCCGUCUGAAAACAGGGGAGAAAAUACCCUCAGACGUCAUUCUAUGUGGUACCGGAUGGGUACCUUCACUACAGUUUUUUCCUCAAACCCAGUGCCAAGAACUUGGCUUGCCUCGAAUCUUGGAUGAUGAUGCAAAGGUUGAGAAUGCUCACUGGGCAAAGGUCGAGACAGAAGCUGACCUCAAAGUUCUGGCCACCUUCCCGCAACUCGGAAAUCCGCCAGAGCAUUACCAUAAGCCUCCUAGUCACACUCCAUACCGAUUGUAUCGACAUAUAGCCCCAAUAUCAGAGUCCAGCAAAGACAAAGAUGACCGCUCAAUUGUCUUCCUGGGGCAAAUAGGAGUGGCAAACUAUUUCCCUAGCUUAGAGUGUCAAGCGCUUUGGGCGAUGGCAUAUUUAGAUGGGAAAUUGAAUUUACCGAGCAAAGAAGAACAGGAGAAAGAUGUAGCUCUGUUUACAACUUGGUACCGACGUCGAUAUCUGAGCAGUGGGGAGGAAGGUAAUAAUAAUAUGACCUUCGAGGUCUUUGGCUACAUGGACACUCUGUUGAAUGAUCUCGGCCUUACUAGCCACCGAAAGGGCUGGUUCAAAGAUCUGUUCGCGCCACUGUGGGAAAAGGAUCUAGCGGGCUUAAAUGCGGAGUUUUCAAAGAAGUUCGGAUACGAUGAAGUCGGCAAAUUAGUCUAA